CGUACGGUGUUGAGCAUUUCGGCUUUGGGGAGCUAGGAAAGCUUUCAUGGGGCAGUUAUACUACAGUUGUUCAGUAGUGACAUGACCGAUUGUAAGAAACGACUGUCGGCGGCAGCGAGGGCACGAAAGCAAAGGAGUUGCUCAAAGAUGGAGGAUUGCUUGAUAGAAGACCAGACUACGUUUUACUCGAAGGCAGAACAUUACUGGAAGGAUGUCCCGCCCACUGUGGAUGGAAUGCUGGGAGGCUACGGCAGUAUUUCCAGCAUUGACAUUAAUGGCUCCAAAAAGUUUCUUCAAAAGUUCCUUGGGGAAGGCCAGGGUAAGACUGGGACAGGCUGUUCUCUGGACUGUGGUGCUGGAAUUGGCCGUAUCACCAAGCGACUGCUCCUGCCGCUCUUCCGUACAGUGGACCUAGUGGACGUGACGCAGGAGUUCCUGGAUAAAGCUCGUACAUACCUGGGUGAGGAGGGCAAGCGGGUGGAGAACUACUUCUGCUGUGGCCUGCAAGAUUUUCAGCCCCAGCCAGAACGUUAUGAUGUCAUAUGGAUUCAGUGGGUGAUUGGUCACUUAACCGACGACCACCUGGUGGAAUUCCUGAGGCGUUGCCAGAACGGUCUGCGUCCGAAUGGCCUGAUUGUGGUGAAGGAUAAUGUUGCAUUCGAGGGUAUAAUACCUGAUGAUGUAGACAGCAGUGUGUGUCGGAACCUGAAUCUCCUUCGUCACCUAGUAGCCAAGGCUGGACUCAGCAUCAUCUGUGAGGAGCAACAGCAGAACUUCCCUGAGGAGAUCUAUCAGGUCCACACUCUAGCACUCAGAUAGCUGCAAACAUCGCACAAGUAUGUUGUUAUGUGUUUGUUCUGAAGCCAAUGAUGUGAAUGGAAAUUAGGAUCAAUGUUAGCUACACAAGAAGCUACGUGUUACUGUCAGUGUGAUCACCGUUUUUUGAAAUUGGGAGCUUGGGAUUUUACUUCUAGAGCUUGUAAUAUGACAGCUAGUACUCCUAGCUGUCAUGAAUCUGAAUGUAAAUGUGGUGAAUGGUAGCUUUUCAGUCAUCCAAACAGCUUCACACUCCAGUUAAUCUUCGUUUUGACUUAGAACGGUUUUAUCACAGUGGAAAAUUAUGUGGAAGAUGGAAACAAUCAAGAAAAAAUGUAAACCACACAAACUGCUUCAUUUUUAGCUGUGGGUGUACUAAAUACUUAAAGGAAUAGUUCACACCAAAACAAAAAUUGUCAUCAUUUACUCACCUGUAUGACUGACAUUCUUCUGAUGAACAUAAUGUAUAUUUUAUGUGAAAAAAAGUUGUCAUACAAUGGAGGUGAGUGGUCCCCAAAAGAGUUUUGGGAAUGUUGUCAAAAUGUUGUUGUGUUAUAGUCAUACAGGUUUGGAAACCAAUGAUGGUGUGUGAAUGGAGAGAACUAUCCCUUUAAGACUAUUUAAUCAGAGUUUUAUGGCACUGAACACAUUAUGUAACACCUUUUAAUAACUUAUGCGAAUUUGAAUGUUCCAUUUUAGUGUGUGUGAAUUUACAGCUGUUGAAUAAAGUAAUAUUUUGAAGUAGUUAUUGUGA